AUGAAAGAAAUUAAUUAUAACCAAAGAAGGGAUCAUCUGCCUCCGCAGAUCAAAGCUCUGCUGCACACUGUUAUUGCUUCUCCUUUUGUUCUUUAUCUUUUUGCUUGAUCAAGCUGUGAUAUGCACCCGGAGAUCUAGUCUUCUUUCUGGCCUGUUUGUGUCUCCUUGUUUGUUGUUGUCUAUAUUAAUAUUUUACCUAGCAAAAAGAGAAGAAAGAAACAAGAGCCUGAGAUCAACUUCAACUUCAACUUCAUUGUUGUUUUCAGCACCUAUGCAAAUUGUUAAUAUGGCUGCAAAUAUGGCUGAAGAAUGUACGGGCAGUUCCAUGGCUUCCUCUUCUGCUACGCCCAACUGGUGGCCUGAUCUCCAUGUGACAUCUCUCUCGUCGUGGAGCAGUAACACCAAUCCAUGGCAGCCUCAAAACCCUAAUUCCAACUCUUCUGGGGAGGAGGAUGUUUCCAUCUCUACCUCAUUUACAAACGCCUCCAACCAGUCCGGGUUGAGCGUCGACUCGCCUCGCCACCUCGUUGAGUCUGCUUCUGCCAGCGAGUUGAUUGCAGAAACUGCUUCUGAUAAUCACCUCUGGAUCAACCAUGUUCUAUUAAGUAGCACUGGCCAAGAGGCUGGAGAGAACUCAAUCAACUUUUUGCCAUCCAAGGCUUCGUGCACCGGUAUUUUUGAACCAGCCUGCGACUACCUGAAGAAAAUGGACAACAGUUGGGAACUCACCAGCCCACCAUCUUUGAACAACUUCGAGAAGCAGUUUAAUGGGUUUAACGAUGGCUUGAUUGAAAGUGAAAGGUUAAACAAACUGUCAAACUUAGUCAGCCACUGGUCUAUUGCUCCCCCAGACUCAGAGAUCAACCACCAGUUUGACCCAAGAGACUGCCACAUAUCUUUGUCUUCAACAAUGGAUCAUAGGUUUCCACAGUCGACUGACCAUUUUGUCCAUAUGAAGCAGACAAUGAGCAAUAUUCCAACGUUGUUUGGAGGCAGCAACAUGAACAGAAACUCUGGUUCGUUUCCAUGUAAUGGGCAUCUUGGGGUGAAAGUGAAGGAUGAAAAUGGAGGGAUUCAUUUCAGUGGCAGUGGAAGUGGAGGAUAUGAGAUGGGACUAAACAAUUCAAUGGUUGGUGAUAGCACCAAGUACUAUUGUGGAAUGCCAGAUGUGCCAUGCACUAACACAAGAAGCUUUACGGAUCUUAUAUCUUUUAAUAGUUUAUUAAGCAAGCCAUCAUCAGUGGAUGUUCAUGCAUCCAAGCCAGUUUUAAGGUCACUGCACUUACCUGAUUCUAAGAAGCAGGGAAACCAAUCACCUAAUUCCCAUCAUAAAAUAUUGUCAACAAGCCACACAAGAGGCAACACCUUUAGAGGGCAGGGCAUUAACAAUGACGGAAAAAAGAAAAGGUUAGAAGAGGCUUCAGAGACAAACAUAAAGAAGGCUAAGCAUGAGAACUCUACAGUCUCCGCUGGAAAGGUGCAGGUUCAAAAAGUCAAGAUUGCGGACAAAAUCUCAGCGCUCCAACAAAUUGUGUCUCCAUUUGGAAAGACUGAUACUGCAUCUGUGCUGGGGGAGGCAAUUGGCUAUAUAAAGUUCCUUCAGGAGCAAGUGCAGCUACUGAGCAACCCUUACAUGAAAGCCAAUGCAAGCAAGGAUCCUUGGGGAGCCUUGGACAGAAAGGGUAGGGAAGAAAUGAAGUUGGAUCUCAAGAGCCGAGGUCUUUGCCUAGUUCCUAUCUCGUGUACACCUCAAGUUUAUCGUGAGAUUACUGGAUCCGACUACUGGACGCCGACAUAUAGAGGGUGUUUAUAUAGAUGAAAUAAUUAAGAUAUCAUUUGGCCAUAUAUAUAUAUAUAUAGUUUCGUCAUCCAUAUAUAUAUAUACAGCUUUUUCAUUAGGAUGAAUUGAAAUAACAACAUGAGACAAAGAGGAAAAACGGAUCCUCGUAGGUUUUCGAUUA